CUGCAUUUCAUCCUCUAUGAAGAGCAUGCAAGAAGAAAAUACAGUGAAGAAAGAAAAUGCUAGUGCUCAAUCCAGCGCCGAAGGAUCUGCAGAAAGUAGUGGAAGCGCUUCAGCAUCUGCUGAACGAGAGAAAACCUCUUCUGAGCCCAAACUGGUUGCAGCACCCAAGGUAGUGAGCGAAUUCAAGGAGAAGGUGACAUCCAAAACCACAGAAAACGAACCUGCUAUUCCGCCAGAACACACCCUUUCCGAGACUAUGCUCGGCGAGGCACUUGCUCCUUGCUCUGAAACCGAAUGGUUGACAAGCGAUACCGCCCUACCAACAGAGUUGCUAACAGUUCAAAAGGAUAAGAGAAGAGUGUCGGUCUUUGCUCCGCCAGUAGUGGACGUAUUAGGUGAAACGAAAGAGAUUAAGGAAACGAAGACAUUCAUACAGCAAGACUUUGAAGGCAAGAUCGGUUUGGUGGCGGAAUUAGUAGCCAGUUUCGCAAGAUUACUUGGAAAUGAUGAAACUGCAAAAGAAGGUGUGGAGGUCGUAGUAUCGGUCCGGUUUCCUCGUACAAGCGGCGGCAAUAAGUAAGAAGGAGAUAAACAAUUUCCUCCUUAUUAAGCAGACGCUUUGCUCUUGUCGUACAUACUUUUACCACAUUUAAAUUCAGAACUGAAGUUCUUCUUUGUUA